UACCAACUGGGUUCAGGUUGAACCUGCGGUCUUCACUGAAGAAGGCCCAAUGUUCAGCAUGUCUCGCCUGGGGCGCUACGAGUGCAGAGUAUCAGGGCUCCGGUGGGUAUGUAAAGACCAUGUCAAUCUGAAGUAUCAAUUCAGCUCCUGGGAGCCUCACAGGGCAAUGAUGAAAAGCUUGGGGUACAAGCAAGGAGGCCCCCUAUUGGACGUCACAGUCAUUUCAGGAGAACUGGAAGAAGUGCAGCUGCCACAUUUUGCCUGUUUCGGCGAUGAUCCCUCCUUUAAAGAGAAAGUGAGAGUUCUACAUGUAGAAGACUGUGGUGUGUCCGUAAAACAAGUGGAUGAAGUCACCCGCUUCCACGUCAAGAUCCUCCAUCCAACCUUCUCUCCAAAAGGAGUUCUCGUGAGAUCUGGCUUUCCGGUGAAAGCCCACUGUGACUUGCUGCUCUACCAGGCCAAGGCAGCAUUCCUCACUCUACAUGCAUAUCUGGUGCCCUGUGAUUCUUCUGUAGAACAGGCAAUGAAGAAAAAGGAGCAGUCUUAUGGAUACAGGAGUAUCAGAAAGCCGCAACCAGUCAAGUCCCUUCGGAUGAAGGAUUGGUUCAGCCUCACAACGUCGUCUCCUUCUGCUGAAGUUAAACCUCCUAAUAUGAAGCUGAGAUAUGACAACACUACACCAAACUUCUUUGAGGUGUUCAUAAAAGAUGCAGAUGUUGACUUCAGUAUGAAGCUAAUCAGUGACGUGGAGGGGGAAAUCGUUUGGGAUCACACAAUACGAAGAGGUCAGAAAAAUAUUAUGCCAAAAAGAUCAGUGUCUCAACAUUGACUAAACAUGCACCAUGUCAGUUAAAGUCAAAGAUAAUAAAACAUUUUAAAUCCCCAGCCGACUACAGAGACGAAAGGACUCAAUUCACAAAGUAAGCAUUUUGUGGACCUCCACCGGACAGACCUGAUC